CAAGAAACAACUUGAACAAACAGUUUGCUAGCAUCAAGCAACACUGAUCGUCAUCGUAUUAUCUACCCGCACCUCGGGGUACUCGACAGCAACUGAGCCAGCCUCCUUGCUUGACUUACACGACAUCCCUCGACCGCAACUCAACCUCGAUACGACGGGAUCCCGAAGCACAUACUACAUACCCCCCAAGGUCACCGCCGCGGCAAUGACGAGCGUAGAGGUCCACCCUUCCCAGAGCAAGGGGGCGUCGCUCCUCCGCCGCCGGCGCUCCUCGCUCCCGCCCGAGUAUCAGGACGCCACCGACGGCGAGUACGUUGAGCUGCGCGGCUACGCACCCUCGGCGACCACGUCGGUUGAUUCCCUCCCCGCGUACGACUCCAUCGCCGGCGACGACACACCGUCGUCGUCCGCCGCCGCAGCAGCAACACCAACAACGGUCCCCGGCGCCGCGGGCCUCGGCGCCGUUACCGCCGCCUUCCAGAUCGAGACGCAGGGCCUGCCGCUCAUCGCGCUGCCCUUCCCGACCAGGCCGGUGCCCAUCCCCGUGUACAGCGUGCUGCCGGGGACGGGCGGCGCCGUCGGCCCGCUGGCGUACGAGUCGCUGCGGUCGACGCGCGGGUCGGGCAACUGCGUGCUGGUGCGCGCGGGCGACGAGCCCAGCGACGAGCGCAUCCUGUGCAGCACCACGUACCGCUUCGGGCCCAACCGCCCCCCGCGCAUCGAGCUGCUCGGCGACGUGGCCUGCGACGAGGUCUACGAGGUGCGCAACCGCGGCUGCAGCACGCGCGCCCAGGACGUCCGCACCCACCUCGGCACCUUCCAGUGGCGUUACGCGAGCCGCGCCGAGCGCAAGGCCGCCGGCGGAGUCAACAGCCUGCUCGUCUUGGACCUCGUCACUGUCGUGGCGCUCGCUGGCGGUAACAAGAUCGAGGAGCGCCGCCGCCGCGUCGCGCAGCUGGUGCGCAACGAGGAGCUGCGCACUGAGGGCUCGCGCGGGAGCACCGCCGGAAACGGUGGCCGCCUGAUCAUGGACCUCCGCGGCUGGUCCGACAUCAAGGGCGCCGCCCACCAGAUGGAGGUUUUUGUCAUUGCGAGCUGCAUCACCAUGCUUAAGAAGGAGGUCGACCGUCGGAGGAUGCACCAGAUGAUUGUCAUCAUGGGUGCUGCCUCAUGAUUGUCGUCAUGGGUGAUGCGCCGGGCGGCUAGUCAAGCGUCGGGCGACGGACGCGGGCGUGGAGCGAUUAUGAAUGAAUGGACGCAGAUACCUGUUUCUUUUUCUUUUUCUGAUUUUACGUAUUAGCAAGUUAUCAAUCUUGGGGGGGG